CCCUUUUCUAUCUGUCCCCUCCCCUCUCCUCCUCUCCCCUUCCCUUUCCUUCCUUCCCCAUCUUCCUCCUCUUCCCUUCCCUCUGCCCCUCCCUGCUCCUGAACCUGUAGGCUCCGCCUGGGAGCGGCAGGCGGGACCGAAUCCACCCCUACCCCGCCGCCCAGGGCCUGUGGCCCAGUCCUUGGCGGUAGCGACAUGCGGCUCCUGUUCCUGGCGGUGCUGCGGCCUCACACCGGCAACGCGGUCACGGCUGGGCGCGUGCGGGACCACCUGGAAGCUGCAGGCCACAUGUGUGUUCUCAGAGAUGCCUUUGACUUUGAGAGCCCAUCUGAAAUUGCCAACCUCAUCACAGCCAAGAACUUGGAAGCAGCGCUAGCCCUUCACCUCUACCGAGGAGGCAGACUUCUGCAAGGUCAUGGCAUUCCUUUCGGGGUCAUCUUUGGUGGAACUGAUUUAAAUGAAGAUGCCAGUGACAAAGAAAAAAAUAAAGUCAUGGGGAAAGUUCUGGAGGAAGCCAGGUUUGCCGUGGCUUUCACGGAGGCGAUGAAGGACGCAGCACAGGUGCAGUGGCCACAUGCUACCGGGAAGAUCUUUGUUCAGAGUCAAGGAAUUGCGACGGUACCAAAUGCCGACUAUAACUGGGACAACUUCCUCCAGCAAUCAGAGAUAGACCAAAGUGCUGACAACCUGUACGUCUUCCUUGUAAUAUGUGGACUCAGACCAGUGAAAGAUCCUUUGUACUUGGUAGAUGCAUUCUCAGAAUGGCAUCAAGAAGCACCCAAUGUGUACAUGGUGAUUGUAGGUCCUGAGGUAGAUCCAGAGUUUACAAGGGAAGUGAAAGACCGGGUGGGGAGGGCUGCAGGGGUGCGGCUGAUCCGUGAGAUGUGCCAGGAGGAUCUGCAUGCAGUGGUGAAGAGCUGCUUUGCACUGGUCAACAGCUCAGUCUCUGAGGGCAUGUCAGCCGCCAUCUUGGAGGCAAUGGAUUUGGAAGUUCCGGUAUUAGCCAGGAACAUCCCUGGGAACUCGGCCGUGGUGGAGCACGGAGUCACAGGUCUGCUGUUUUCAAACCCUCAGGAGUUCAUUCAGUUGGCAAAGAGACUGGUUAGUGAUCCCACACUGGAGAAGGAAAUCGUGACCAAUGGAAGGGAAUACGUGAGGACACAUCACUCCUGGCAGGUGGAAAGAGACACGUACCAGCGUCUCGUCAGGAAGCUGGAGGUGCGAGUGGAGGAUUAAAUCUGGAAGUCUGCACUUGCCACACCUGCCACCAGGACCAUCAGGUGUCCAGAUCUGAGCAGACUACAAGAGAUGGGAUCUAGUCCUAGACCACGGGAAUCCUAGAUUCCCCAGGAACACAUCCAUGCCCAACUCUGCUGUGUGGCAGACACAGUUCUGGAAAUGCUUACAGCUCAGUUCUGGAUAGACUUAUAGCUCACUCCUGAGAGUGCUUAUGACUCAGUCCCAGAAGUGCUUACAGCUCAGUCCUGAAUGAGCUUGUAGCUCACUCCUGAAAACUGCUUAUGCCUCAGUCCCAGAUAGGUUUGAAGCUCUGUGCAGGGCAUGAAGUACAUCUCAGGGGCGUCUGGGGGAGUGUUCCAAGAACUGCUUUUGCAAUUUAUAGAUGCUUAUUUUUAAGCAGCCACAGUGUAGAUCCUUCCCUUGCCUUCAGAGUGACCUUUGCCUAUCAUUGCCAGUUCACGAAGAAGAAACUAAAAGGCCAGGGCUGUCAACUGAGUGGAGCUGGCAGCAUUCUUCGCUAUGAUCUUCAUCUAAAAGCCAUCACAGGGAUCUGAUGGGGAAUGUGAGGCCCCAGGCUCACAGCCCCAGGCUGUGGCUGGUAUGCCAAUAAGCCCUGGAGGGGUUGUAAAUGGAUUGUGUCAGGACUUGUCACUCCUCACUGGUGCACCUGAGAGAUGAGCAUGCUUUCCAAAGCAGGCCAGGUUGCCCUGUAGGCCCUGCCCACCUGCAUCACAUCACAGGAAGCCUGGAAGACGAUUGCCUGGCCCCCAUGAUGGGGUCUGGGACCUUGACUUCAGUGUGGAUGUUCUGCUAGGGAACUGAGGACAAGUAUUGACUGAGUUACAAGACUCUAUACAAUGGUGGGGGUCUAUUGAGGUGGGGGUCACUGAAGCACAGGGAGGGCAGUCUAGUCUGGGAGUCUUUUGAUGGGUUCUCCCCACACCAGCACUCUGUGCCUCCAGAGCUCUUGUUGAAUUCCAAUAAGGGUUGUUACUGUAAGCAGGACAUGGAAUGGUCACCUGUGCUAAAGCAAGCAGCUUGGAGGAGAAGAGAAGAAAAAUGGGGCUAAGAGGCACCCAUGCAAAGAAAGUAUCAGGCUCUAGAGGAAACUGAGGAGGAGUCAGAACCCAUAUUGUCCUUGCUCCAACUCUAAAGGCAAAUCCUGGGCCAUCUGCUUUUCUUUAAAAAAAAAAAAUAAAUAGAAUCAGCAACAUCUCAUUUUAAGUGAAGCAGGAUGGGAGGAAGCAAACUUAUCCCAGAGCUUCAGGGAUAAGAGUAGAACACAAUUCUGUAGGGUGUAAUUCAGCUUUAUAUUCUGUACCUCAGAUCCAGCAUAGUCACUUUCAUGAAGGCUACAAAGGAGGCAGCAGCAAUCCUGCCCUUCUUGAGCUCUAAGCAUCUGGAGGCCCACUGAGGAAUGAGCCCAUUUCCUUGGACCCUGGUUUGUGCUGGGGUCUUAACUCUCUGGGCAUGAGGAGAGGGAGGAAAUAGUGGAAGGCAGCUCCUCUGAGCCCAGAGUUCCAAACCAUCUCAGGAGAGGUCUGCAGAGGUCUGGUGUCAGUGUUUACAAAGUGGAAUUUAAAGGGCAGGUGUCACAGAAGUGGAUGCUCUGGAAUGCACGCCCCUCUUUUGCCUGGUGAUGACAUCACUGCCUGACCUCCACUAUGCCAGCCUCACUAAGCUUACAUCUUCUGCAACUGUGCGCUUUGGGAAAGGGAGGAUUCUUAAUCAAUAAAGCAUGUCGCCAUCAGCCAUACAAAACAGCACCUCUUGUAUGGAACAGUAACCCCACACUCCAUGCCAUGGUAUCCAAGAAAACAAAUUCGAUACUCAAGCGUCUGACCAGAGGAGUUUGAUGUGAACUUAGACUAAAGUGUGACGGUUGCUUUUCACUUUCUGUAACAGACACUGUAGCAACAGAUAAAGAGGAAGGGUGUCUGAGGGCUCACAGUCUGGAGGUUCUAGUCUACACCUGGAUGGCCCUGCUGCUCUGCGCCUGUGGCAGGGAUGCAUCGUGACAGGAAUGAUUGGCAGAGCAAAACUGCUCCCCUCAUGGCUGGGAAGUGAAAGAGAAGGCAGAGGCAGUGGUCCCAGGACCCCCUCAAGGGCAGAUAAUGACCUAAAGACGGCACAGUAGCAGUAACUCUAAAGAUUCUAUCUCCUCAGAGGGGUACAGUGCAGCUCUCCCUUCAAGUAAGCCUGUGGGCUGGGCUGCUGCAGACCUCUGUGUGGGAGACACCCUCACUACCACGCAGGCCAGCGGGGAGGUUUGCAAAUGUUCAAACACUUAAAUGCCUCGCCUUUGACAGAAAUGCUGAGUUGUUUCGUGGGCUCCUCAGAAGGGUUCCUGGUGACUGAACUCGCCUUCUCACUUAUCCAGAGCUCCCUAUCAGCUCGGGGACAGGUCUCAGCCUACUGUGUGCUGCUGUGGCUGAGCACGGUGGGCCAGGUAAUGCAUGAGGCACAGAAAUGGACUGGUUAGUGGGUUAGGCUAGCAGCUCUUGCAUCGGGCAAGAGCCUGAACUCACAGUCCCAUGGCCGGAGAGCAGAGCUGGAGACGUACAGAGAGUGCAUGUGGAAGGGGAGCUGGAAUUUCACUUCUGUAGGACACCUAUUUCUCAUAGGACUCCUUUCCCCAAGCACUGGCCUCAACCUCUUAGAGUACUUUUCCAUUGGCACCACCUGUCACCCCCAAGAAAUGGUCCCAACACAUGGCUGGGUGCAGUGAACCACAACUUUAUACUUCUCAGUACUUGGAGGAGGUCGGAGGGUGGGGCGGGGUAUCAGGAUUUCAAGGCCAAUAUUGGCUUCAUAGGAAGGAUCAAGGCCAGCCUGGGAUAUAUUAGCCUUUCUCAAAAAGCAUCCCCACUUCACCCAGCAAAAUAUUCAAACUUUGGGGGCACAUGUUUCCAGCAAACACUUUGGUAACAUCUUUUCUUCCUCCUUUCUCCCACUCCAUUCUCACUUCAUCACUCCCACCCUUAUAUCCCUUUAGGGCAUUGGGUCUCAGCCUUCCUAAUACGGCAACCCUUUAAUACAGUUCCUCGUGUUGUGGUGACCCCAGCCAUGAAAUUAUUUUCAUUGCUACUUCAUAAUUGUAAUUUUGCUACUAUUUUGAAUCACAAUGUAAAUGUCUGUGUUUUCUGAUAGUUUUAGGGCACCUUUAUGAAAGGAUCAUUUGGCCCCCCAAUGAGGUGAAGACUCAUAGGUUGAAAGCCACUGCUUUAGAGCAUCAGUGGGGCCAAGAGGGGCUAAAAUACUGGGAAAGGUCUCCACCCAAUAACAGCCACUGAAAACAGUAGCCCCAAUCCCGACUUUGAACAAUUUAUGCACUCAAAUGGCUUCCCAGCAUGAGCGUUUCAGAAGCCUUGAGAGAUCAGCCUGGAUCCAAAGAACAGCCUGAGAUCAUUUUGCUAAGUCACAAAGUUUGUCUGUCUAGGACCCAGGAUCUAUUUUUCAAUGGGGGUCUCCCUAUAUAGUUCUGGCUGGGCUGGAACUUGCUAUGUAGAUCAGGCUGGACUUGAACUCACAGAGACCCACUUGCAUGCACUACCAUGUCCAGCAAGGGGACAGGAUCUUUCAAAGCCAAAGACAAUUUUAAUUACUACUACUACAACUAUUGUGAGUUGGUAUGUAGAUAUGUAGGUAUGUUAAGCGUGGACAGACAUGUCACUGUGUGUAUAUAGAGGUCAGAGGAUAACUUUUAGGAGUUGAUUGUCACCUUCCACUGUGAGUUCUGGUGAUUGAACACGGGUUGGCAGGCUUACAUGGGAAACACUUUUACCUGCUGAGUGAUGUCACUGGUCCAGCGACCACUGUCUUAUGGAAAGUGAGGACAUUCUGAGAAAAGCUGGGCUGCGAUUGGUUCCAAGGGCGAGUCUCUGAAAGAGGAGAGGCUAAGUCUCUUACAUUGAACAAACUUAGUCAAUGUGGCUAUAGUUGAAAUCAUGCACACAGAACCAAGUAUUUCACACAAACAGGUAAAUGAGGAAUAACCAUGUGACCAGACCACAAGAUGCUUUCCAGAGUGCUUCUGCUCAGGCAUGACUAGAUCCGUACAUAGCCUGGCUCUUGCUGUUCUUAUUACUGCUUUGCUUCACUCAUGAGAGUUUCAGCAAGUCAGCCCCUCACAGACUGGGGUAUAAUCAACUUUCUGUACUCGUAUCCUUUCUCCUCAUCAUGACAGAAUCCCUAACAGAAGCAGCCGAAGGGAGGUUGGCUCAUGUUGCCAGGCAUUCAGUCUACCAUGGAGGCUGCGGUGGCUCUGUCUGUGGCAGUGGGAGCGUUGGCCUACCUUAUUCACACUUUGGCUGAUCAGAGAGCUGGGAUGGGAAAGCUGUGCAAGACCAUUAUCUUCAGAGUCAUGUUUUCAGUGGCCCCCUCCAUUGGCCAAGAUUCUAACCCCAAGGUUCCACAGCCUCUCCAGAAAGUGCCAUCAGCUGGGUUGUCAGUACGGAUGGUUCUCAGCACAACUGCUGUACUCCCUAACCCCCAUUUUGUCAACCCCAUCACUUCCUGAUUCUUUUUCCAACUGCAAUUCUGCUUUACGGUCCGAACAACACAUUAUUUACUUAUUUAGAUUUAUUUUUAUUUAUGUGUAUAUAUGUGAGCCUGCAUGGGUGAAUAUGCAUUCGGAAGCCUGCAGAGCACUGUAGAGGACAUCAGAGUCUCUGGAGCAGGAGUUACAAGUGACUGUGAGCUGUCUGUAUAAGUGCUUGGAACUGAAUCCCAGUCCUCUGCAAGAGCAGUAGAUACUCUUAACUGCUGAGCCAUCCCUCUAACCGUAGUAGUACUUAAAGUGUUUUAAAUGCUCAUCAGAGGGACUAACUUAUCAGGGAUAUUGAGGAGGAUUCUGGGGACAUUGUGUCUGACCAAACAAAAAUAAACAGUAUGAAUUGGGGAGAUGCUCAGUAUGCAAGAGCACUUGCCAAGUAAGCAUCAGGACCUGAGUUUAGAUCCUAGCACCUCCAUAAAAAGCCAGGUAUGGCCACUGUCCUGUGACUUUCCUGGAAAACAAAUUACUCACCCCAGAUAGGGAACUGAAGCCAGACUAAGAUACAAGAACCACCAACUUGGUGAAUCAGUGAGUUUGUCAGGGUUACUUAGAGGAGUGUGGACGAUAGCUUACUGCAAAGGCCAGGAUGGGUGCCUUUCUGCAUGAGGUCUCCACACCACCUUGGGUAAGGGGAAGCUUUGUGCCUCUGUUUCGUUUCAGGGUCUUCUUGAGACUUGUGAGUUGUUUGCUUCCUGAGUUGUAAGAGCCUCCUUCUAGAAUGGAAUAUUUUAACUCAGGAAGUUGUUAUUUCACCGCCCCAUUACAUAUAAGUAUGCAUAUAUGUAAACACAGUGCUCUGGGAAGUCUAGAGAGGAGGCUCGCUGACCAUCAGACUAGCUACAGGUUCCCAGAGAGACAGUUUCAGGGGUUGGAAAGAUGGCUCAGUGGUAAAGAGCACUAAUUAGUCUUCUAUUGGUCCUGGGUUCAGUUCCCAGCACAAUUACACAUGCAUGCGUGCGCAAGAAAAAUCUCAAAAUGAGUAGUGGUUUAAACACUAGAGGAAACAAUUCUUUCCCUCUCAAGUAAUAAAACUCACUGGGAAGA